CUUGAGCAAAAUUGAGAGCAGAAAAACAGCUGGAACUGGAGCUUAUUCCUAAUGAUGUACCGAAAUAAACGCAAUCGGAGGAAUAGGACCAUUUACAUCAUUAGGGGUUUACCCUACACGGGAAGACAAGACGAAGCAAGGAAACGGAAGGGGCGGAAUGGAGUGAUCAUCCGUGCUUUUGAUUAUUUCCGCAAAUAUCACAAUUCUAAGAUCAUUACUAAAUAUCUUCACAGGGCACAUAUGUGGGCACGCAGUGAAGCCCUAGAAAAUAUAGAAGAAGGAGUGGAUCCAAUCAUCAUCAGCAACCCCAACAUGCCGCUCUGGCACAUGUAUCCAUACGUCCGAAUGGCUUUUCGACGUAACUACUGGAUUGAAUUCAUUGAAACGGAAGAUACCUGGAAUGCCUCUCUUGAGGAAUUGGAAUGGAGAAGUGGCGGUACAAUUUCACUGUCAGUACUGGAAAACUUGAGGGAGUCAUAUGAGCCAAUGCAAAAUGUCUUUGAUGUCCUGAAUGACGAGGAUUCUCAACGGAGGUGGAUUGGUACUGAGGAAAUGACAUCUAAUGACUGGUGACCGCACAGAGUGGCAUUUCAGUAUUCCACUUAUUUCAUUAGGGGGGAAUUAUUAGGGUAUUAAAAGAGUUGAUCAGAUAACAUGCAUCAUUCAUACAAAAAUAAAUUGUGACAUUU